UUGCCUUGAAAGAUAAGGUGUAGGAUGUGAUUUUAUAGUGCUGUGGCUCCAGUAACUUUAUAUGUCAGUUCAUUUACUUCUUUAACUCAGAGUGUGUUAUUCACAAAUACUUAUAUCUGAAUAAAUUUGGUUUGUAUGCCACCGUAAGUUUUCUUCUUAUGGGGAAAUCUGUAACAACAGAACGGGCAUUAGAGCCAUCUGCCUUGGGGCUUAGAAAGAUAAUACUGCAUUACAUUUUUCUUGGAAGACUUGCAGUUAAAGGGGAUUCUCAUGAUACUGAGUUGUUCUGCUUUGUCCAGGAGAAAUUUCUUACUUAGCUGAGGUGGACAGACAACUUUUUUCCAGUAGCAUGUAUCUAUGUAAUUUAUUUCUAGGGGAAUUGAGGGAGACAUCUCUGUCAAUUUUGUUUUCCUCUGAGGAGGAGUGUCUUGUCACUUUAAUAACAAAGAUUAGGCCUGAUAUUAGCACUGGCAGUCUCUCUUACUGGAGCGUGUGUUAUAUAGUAGUAUAAUGGAGGUGAGAAUGUACACAUAUAUAUGACCUGCUCUUUAGCGUGUCGAUGUAACAGUCCUCUCCUAACACUGCUUUCCGAGGUGAGCUGAUUACCUAUAUGAUUGAAGAAGCUGUAAGUGAAUAGAACAUUUCUAAUGCUACCUAUUUGCAACAUAAUCAUUUGGCCUUGCAAAGCUGAACUCAUGCAUUUAUAAAAUCAUUAAAUUGUCAAACAACUUCAUUAUACGCUUAGUACCGUUCACCUUUGCAGAGAAGUAUGCCUUUGGGCCCAAACUUGAAAAGGUAAUCUCUGACUUCAGAAAAUAUUCCUCCUGUUUGCUUGAUUGUGCUUAAAGUUAAAGAGUAAGUUGGCAUAUAUAUAUUUAUCAGUAACAGUUCUGAAAUUUAAGUGUAAUGUUGCUUGACAGACUUCUACAUAUUUAGUCCCAUUUUGGUCUGGUUUUGCUACUUGACCCUGAAUAGUUUAGGUUAAUUAUUAUUUCAUUUUAAUGUAUUUAUAGUAGGCUGACACUGAAAGCACUUGUUAGAUUAAGACUCUGCUCUGUUACAUUUUAUACAGACAUGCACUUUGGCAGUUCCUUUCAGAUUACUCAGUGCUUUUCAAAAACAUUUUUAUAAUUUAAUGCAUCUCAAAAAAUAUUUUUUUUUUAUUUGCAGGAGGUGUGUAAAAAGGCACGCUUCAAAGACUCAAUUAGGGAAAAAAAAAUCCACCAAACAUUUCUCCCAUGAUUCUUUUUAAAAAAGAUGCUUUGCCAAUAUCAUGGGUUUUGCCAACUUUUUUUUUCUUGUAUAGCAAUGUAGCAGUUGAAGUUGUGGAAAUCUGCUUUGAGCUUCCCAAUUGAAGACAGAAAUGAAUCUCAAACUACGAAAGUCAGCCAUUUUGGUCACAGUUUCUUAAAUGUAUUUCAUUUAUAGUAAAUAAGAAAAAUGAUCCCCCGUUUCAACUCAAACUUCCUCCAAAGGCAGCUAGACCUGAAAAAGAAGUUGACCCAGAAUAUGAAGAGAAGAUGAAAGCAGAUCGGGCAAAAAGGUUUGAAUUCCUCCUGAAGCAGACAGAACUUUUUGCACAUUUUAUUCAGCCUGCAGCACAAAAAUCGCCAACAUCUCCAUUGAAAGUCAAGCUGGGACGGCCACGGAUAAAGAAAGAUGAAAAACAGAGUUUGAUUUCAGCUGGGGAUUAUCGUCACAGGCGCACAGAACAAGAAGAAGAUGAAGAGCUGUUGUCAGAGAGUCGAAAAACCUCUAAUGUGUGUAUUCGAUUUGAGGAGUCUCCUUCAUAUGUGAAAGGAGGAACACUAAGAGAUUAUCAGGUUAGAGGUUUGAACUGGAUGAUCUCAUUGUAUGAAAAUGGUGUUAAUGGCAUUCUGGCAGAUGAAAUGGGUCUUGGUAAGACUCUGCAAACCAUAGCAUUAUUAGGCUAUCUGAAGCAUUACCGAAACAUUCCUGGGCCACAUAUGGUCCUGGUUCCAAAAUCAACUCUGCACAAUUGGAUGAAUGAAUUCAAACGCUGGGUUCCAUCAUUACGUGCUGUUUGCCUGAUUGGAGAUAAAGAUGCCAGAGCUGCUUUUAUCCGUGAUGUUAUGAUGCCUGGUGAAUGGGAUGUUUGUGUUACAUCAUAUGAAAUGGUAAUUAAAGAGAAAUCGGUCUUCAAAAAAUUUAACUGGAGGUACCUGGUAAUUGAUGAAGCCCACAGAAUAAAGAAUGAGAAGUCUAAGCUGUCGGAGAUUGUACGUGAGUUCAAGACAACAAAUCGAUUGCUGCUUACAGGAACUCCUUUACAGAAUAACCUCCAUGAGCUGUGGGCAUUACUCAAUUUUCUUUUACCUGAUGUCUUCAAUUCUGCAGAUGAUUUUGACUCGUGGUUCGACACUAAAAAUUGUCUUGGUGAUCAGAAACUUGUAGAAAGACUUCAUGCUGUUCUGAAGCCAUUUUUAUUACGUCGCAUAAAAGCUGAAGUAGAAAAGAGUUUGCCUCCAAAGAAGGAAGUAAAAAUUUAUCUUGGGCUCAGCAAAAUGCAGAGGGAAUGGUAUACAAGGAUCCUGAUGAAAGAUAUCGAUAUCCUGAAUUCCGCUGGGAAAAUGGAUAAGAUGCGUCUGCUGAAUAUUCUGAUGCAGCUGCGGAAAUGCUGUAACCAUCCUUACCUGUUUGAUGGUGCUGAGCCGGGCCCUCCUUACACCACUGACACGCAUCUCAUCACUAACAGUGGUAAAAUGUUAGUUCUGGAUAAACUGCUAGCAAAACUCAGAGAGCAAGGUUCCAGAGUUCUACUUUUUAGUCAGAUGACUCGCUUACUGGAUAUUUUGGAAGACUAUUGCAUGUGGCGUGGGUAUGAGUACUGCCGACUUGAUGGACAGACACCACAUGAAGAAAGAGAGGAAGCAAUAGACACAUUUAAUGCUCCCAACAGCAGUAAAUUCAUUUUCAUGCUAAGCACCAGAGCUGGAGGUCUUGGAAUUAAUUUGGCAACUGCCGAUGUGGUUAUUCUCUAUGAUUCAGAUUGGAACCCUCAAGUAGAUCUGCAAGCCAUGGAUCGUGCGCAUCGUAUUGGUCAAAAGAAACCAGUACGGGUGUUUCGACUAAUCACUGAUAAUACUGUUGAAGAGAGGAUUGUAGAAAGAGCUGAAAUAAAACUGAGACUGGACUCUAUAGUUAUACAACAAGGAAGGCUCAUAGAUCAACAGUCUAACAAACUGGCAAAAGAUGAAAUGCUGCAGAUGAUCCGGCAUGGAGCCACGCAUGUUUUUGCUUCCAAAGAUAGCGAGCUGACAGAAGAAGAUAUAACAACUAUUUUAGAAAGAGGUGAAAAGAAGACAGCUGAAAUGAAUGAACGAUUGCAGAAAAUGGGGGAGAGCUCCUUACGAAAUUUCACUAUGGACACAGAGAUGAGCUUAUACAACUUUGAAGGUGAAGAUUAUAGAGAAAAGCAAAAGCUGAGCAUGAUGGAAUGGAUAGAACCUCCAAAACGAGAACGCAAAGCUAAUUAUGCAGUUGAUGCUUAUUUCAGAGAAGCCCUACGUGUUAGCGAACCAAAAGUCCCAAAGGCUCCACGACCUCCAAAACAACCAAAUAUUCAGGAUUUCCAGUUCUUCCCACCACGGUUAUUUGAACUUCUGGAAAAAGAAAUUCUGUAUUAUCGUAAGACUAUAGGAUAUAAGGUCCCCAGGAAUCCUGACCUCCCAAAUGCAGCUCAGGUACAAAAAGAGGAACAAAAGAAGAUAGAUGAGUCUAUGCCUCUGAAUACUGAGGAAACUGAAGAGAAAGAAAAGCUGCUAACACAGGGUUUUACAAACUGGAAUAAAAGAGAUUUUAACCAAUUUAUUAAAGCUAAUGAGAAAUAUGGUCGUGACGAUAUAGACAAUAUUGCCCGUGAAGUGGAAGGAAAGUCACCUGAGGAGGUCAUUGAGUAUUCAGCUGUUUUCUGGGAACGUUGUAAUGAACUACAGGACAUUGAGAGGAUUAUGGCUCAAAUUGAACGAGGAGAGGCACGAAUUCAACGGAGGAUCAGUAUCAAGAAAGCCCUCGAUGCCAAAAUUGCAAGGUAUAAAGCACCUUUUCAUCAGUUGCGUAUUCAAUAUGGAACAAACAAAGGGAAAAAUUACACAGAAGAGGAAGACAGAUUUUUGAUAUGCAUGUUACACAAGAUGGGCUUCGACAAAGAAAAUGUGUACGAGGAACUAAGGCAGUGUGUGCGCAAUGCUCCUCAGUUCAGAUUUGACUGGUUUAUCAAAUCUAGAACUGCAAUGGAAUUUCAGAGACGCUGCAAUACUCUCAUAUCAUUAAUAGAAAAAGAAAAUAUGGAAAUUGAGGAAAAAGAAAGAGCUGAAAAGAAGAAAAGAGGAGCAAAAGUUACAGCAUCACAGAAGAGAAAAGCAGAUGUGGCUACUGAGAACUCUGGAAAAAAAGAUGCUAAGAAAGUGAAGUCGUGAACCUGAAAACUGAAUGCUAAAUGUAAAACUGCCACUUUCUUCUCUCCAUCUACGAGUAUUAAUUGCCAACUUCUUUGUACUCAUGGUACUCUCCCCCAAAUCCAAUGGUUUAAUUUUGCAAAUUUUGUAUACUUUACAAUGUCUUUCUUUACCUAAAAUGUGUAGCUUUAUAUCUUAUGCAUUCCAGUAUUUUUGUGUACUGUAUUUUGUGAGUUUCAUGUCUUUGGCAAAAUUCACUCAGUCCUUGUUUUUUUGAAGCUUGUGCUGAGGUUUUAGCUUUUAUAUGUUUUAUAUGCUGCUGCUUUGAAAGAAAACCUAGAUUCUAUAGCUGUAUUAUUGUUGUUUCCUAUUUUAAAUUUAUAUGGCUGUUGGAAAAUAAACUGACCUAAUUAUUUGAAGAGAAAUAUACUUCACCUUUGUUUUCCCUACCCUCUCCCUUUUUUGCAUAGCUACGUUUAGAGUGAAUGUUAAGGUUUGUAUAAUUGUGCCUUCAUCAUUGAUCAGAUUUUUUUUUCAGAGGAGUACUUAGAUAGGAUCAGGAGCAUGACAGAACAAAAAAAAUCUAAUUAGACUGACAUCCUUUUUUACUGUCAGCAUUAAAUUGACAUUUUUCUCUGAAAUGUUCAGAAGGAAAGCCAGCAAAUACGUAUACUUUUUUUUUUUCUUCAUCACUGGUUUCUGCUGGGCUUCAUACAUGCUUAAACACAGGGUGAGGUGUUUUUCAGAAUGACCUCUAGAUGAAAACUUUUCUAUGCCUAAUAAACUGAAGUAGUCAACUAACAGCUUCUUUUUUAAGUAACAAACAAAAUAAUUCAGCUUCUUGUUGGUAGGCUGCUCAGCUGUGCUGCCUUGCGCUAAAAGAUCUUUGUUGCUCUAAUUAUCUCUGCUAACUUUCUGCUUUUACCUUUGAUUCCACAUGUCAGUCAGAAACAAUGGGGAUAUGUUAUGGAGUGCUCCUUUUUAGUAUUUCUAUUUUAAUGAAGGGAUGAAAGUAUUGGAUGUAUGAUUUUUUUUCACUUUGCAAGAAUGGCCUUUAUUAAGCAGGUUCAUAGUUUCUGCUCACCUUGGAGUCUCUGCCUUUCCUGGAUCAGUAGAACAGUGACUGUGACAUCUAAUGUUUUACUUUAAUCUUCUCUCUCUGAUCUGGUGUUUAGUAUGGACCUUGCUACAGUGAGACAUGCCCUCAUAAUGUCAAGUCUAGAUUAAUGCAGUGUGCUUUACAUGGUACUUCCCUUGAAGACUACUUGUAAAUUUCUUCUAGUGCAGUUUGCUUCCUUCUGUGGUUUGAGGUGUUUUAAGAAGAAGAAAACUCUGAACUCUUUGUAUUUCAUGCUUUGCAUUGUCUACCUUCGGUAUUUGUAAAAUUCAGGACUUUUUAAAAAGUUCUUGAGUCUUAGGACAGAGUUCUUCCCAUAUUCUUUUAUGUCAUUUAAAAUAUAUUGGAAUGUAUUUGAAGUUUUCUGGGAUUAAUCUCUGUAAGCUUGACGAGUAAUUUCUAGCCUUUCUUGAUAGUCUGUGUUUAAGGUUUGGGGCAAAAUGGGUGUGAUGACUGGGUUGAGCAUUUUGACAGACUAAUUUGAUUUCGUAUUUUGGAAUGGAGCUUUUAUUUGGGGACCAAGUUAUUAAUUAUUUCACUGGGCUUUUAUUUGUAAGACUUGUGUAAAAAAAGGGUAUUCAUCUGUUGAGAUUCAUCUGAUGAGUUGAGAGCUACAUCUAAUAAUGAUGAGGCACAACUUUCAGACAGAAGGUUAGUGAUGGGUGACAAUGCAUGCUUUUAAGUGAGUGUGCAACCCAGAUGGGAUAGGUCUGCUCAGAAAAGAAGGAUGUCUUUUCAAAUAGUAUUUUUGGUAUUAGAGUAGUUGACAUCCUGCUUUAUCCUUGGGAGAAGGACAUCCCGUGUAAUUAUGGGCUGGAAAAAGGCUGAGCGGCUACAUACAUAUAUAAUCACAAAUCCCUGGAGCAUUGCUAUUAAUAGAGAGAGGAAGAUGCCUUAUUUACAUUUGCUUCUUGGCUCCUGUGUCACUCAGUAAGUUUAAGGCCUGAAAUUAUAAAAACAAGUAAAAAGAGGAGGGAAAUAAAGGCUGGAAGAGCCAAUUGAAUUUUUAUUGAAUUACAUGCCUAGGCCUAGAUCUUAUUCCAUUGCUCCUAUUUAGCAUCGGGUGAAUAUUUUAAUGUUUUAAGUCUUGAAAUACGUGUAUUCUGGUUUUGUUUAUUGUAGAUUAGCUUUGUUUGACUCGCAUGUUUUUGUGUAUCCAGUUUCUCUGUGUUGCAAAGUGUAUGGAAAGUCUUAAAAUGGUAAUAUCUCAACUUGUUCUUUCAUGCAGAUUUCUUAGUUUGAGUUACUACUUGAGUUAAUGUUCACUUUUGUCCUCCUUCAAUGAUGUGAUAUACUAGCUAUAUAGCAAAAGAUCAUGCAAUUGUUCUUCCAGAUAUUAUCCUCUUGAUCAGACAGCUUCUCUGAAGAAUGAUAGAUGCUCCCAGGAACUAUCUGUUACCUCUUACAGUCUGUAGUUCCUAGUUAAACUGAAUGUGCUGUUGAAUAACAGUCCUUGAGAGCACUUGUACACUAUAUACUAGUUCCUCAGCAUAUUGAGUCUUCCCAUCCAUCACGUCCCACAGUGAUAACUAAAGAAAAUUGCUAACAGCUCCUGGUCAGGAUUAAAGUAAAAUGGAUCUUUCUUUUCCUUUUUCAUUCUUCUAGUUGCAGAUACACACACAGUAUGUGCCUAGCAGUAUCUAAAUGAUAUGCUACUGUGACUCAAAAUUAGAUGGACUGAAAUAAAGGAAUCUUCCUAUUUUUAACUACUGUUUUCUUAGGAGAGGAAUACUGUUUGUAAGAAAUUUGUAAGCACUGAAUGUAAUGUGAUACAAAACUUCUGAAAAAUCUGGGCCUUUAGGCAAUUUGAUAGUUGCCAAAAAAAUUAGAAGAUAUAAAAUUUUGAAAAUAAUUUAUUGUUUCCUUUUGAGUAGGCAACUAAAAUUUGAUUGUGUUAGCAUUAGGCUUGAUGAAAGAAAAAGUAGUCAUCUAGCUCCUUUUACACAUCAGGCAGUGCAUGUAACACUGUGGGAGAGGUCACAACAGUUGUUGUGUUCUUUUUCACAUAUUCAUUGCUUUCAAAUUAUCAGUCCUUUUGUUUUUGAGUUAUGUUAGUGAUGACAAUAAAAAGUCACACAGCUGACCAUCUUCAUUAUAUUUAAUUUCAAUGUAUUAUAAUGACAUAGAGAAGGAAUGAAGCUUUCUCCCUGCUGGUAGUAUUAGACCAUCUUUAGAUACUGUUUGCACAAGUAGCAUUACUAUACUGAAAUAUUAAGUAAGAAUUUUUUCUUGUAGAUUAGCAUUGCUUGUUUGAUUUAGUGCUAAUGGUGGUUAUGGCUUAAAAAAAAAAAUCCAGCUUUCGCUCUUUGAGAUCAUAAGCAAGGGGUACAGUAUAUGGAAAUUAUUCAGAAUCUUUCUAAAUGCCUGAUGGAAGUAACUGCCGUUAUGCAGCUCCUGCAGUGCCUGCAGUUCCUGCUAUGCACUGCUGUGAUACAGGCACUCUGUGCGUGCCUCUUCCCCAGGUUCAGUGGAGGGACUAAGUACUUUCAGUGAUCACAAAUUAAUGCCAAAGCUAAAAAAUGUGGGCCUUAUAGGUUGAAAAAGCAUGUGGAAUUUUGCAGUCAGCAGCGGUUUAUGUGAAAUGUAAAAUGACACGGUUGGUGCAGACACUGGCACUUGUGAUGUUGGAAGGGAUUGAUCACUGACUGUAGUUCUGAUCUGGUUAAGAUAGCUUGACAGCUGUUACGUUUUACUUAAGUUUAUCUAGUCCGUGUACUUAGCUUCAAGCAUGUAUGUAAAUGCUUUGGUGAGUCAGUUAUAAUGUUUGAUAUGUUCUUUUUCUGAAAGAGUUAAAGUUGAACUUGGUUUGCAUAUUUUGAAAUGUAAUGUACUCUUUAAUUGCAUUUGCAUGAUAUCCAUCCUUUCAUAAGAGCCUUAAUAGGAGUAAUAUUUGCUGCCUCAAAGAUAUGUCUACGUUGUGUUGUUGAAAGAUAACUUCUGAACUUUUUCAAAUUGAGAUUCGUUUCUUAAGUUGUACAUAUAUGAAAAUAAAAAUUAAUAUGAACCUGAA